CGUGCGUUGAGUCAUUUGACAAAUCCAUAUUUGAUUCUGGGUGGAGAGAAAGAGAGAGAGAGAGGGAGAGGGAAGAGAGAAAGAGAGAGGAGGAGACACGCGGGCUAUCUUCUUGUCUCUUGUGAGGAUUUCUGCAAGACCAAAAGACGAAUAGUCGCCUAAGCUUUGCUUCUUUCCCCGCAAAUAUAAGAAGAAGCGCCUGCUUCGAGCGAGAAGAGCCUCGAUGGGAGGAUGUUACGGAUAUCUCACCUGACAUCGAUUCUCUGCAACAUUUUUACUGACGGUUACACGCGAGGCGUCGUUCUUAACGGAAACUUUUUUUGCCGCCUUAUUUUUUUUUAAAAACAGAAUCCGUUAAACUCAGUCGCGAUGGUUUUACAGCGUCGCUAUGACAUCAGCGUGGACCAGACGCUUUUUAGUCGAAUAUCGCUGCAUUUUAACCCGAAUUCCCUUCUGAUUUAAGCACUGAUAAUUAUAGCAAAAUCUACUGUGUGUGUUUGGCUUUCUUUUCCAGUCUUUCUUUCCUUUCUAAAACAAAUAAUGCAGAAUAUCUAAGCAACAAGCGUCGCCAUACGAUGCGCACUUUCCACAGGAAUAACGCAUCCUUCUUGCGCGGUGUUUUCGGAGAAAACCUCAACGUUUUUCCACACCAACCUUACUUUGGUAAGGUCUAUGGCCGUUAUUGAGAUCAUAUCUGCUUUUGUUUGCCUAUAAAUACUGUGGAAAAGUGCCUUUUUGCGUGUGUUUCCUAACAACAAGGAGACCAUGGCUUGCUUUCCAUGGCGGGUAUUUUGGAUAAUUCAAGCGCUCGUGGAUGUGACACUUUCGCAGGAAAUCUACGCUCCUCAUUCCAUCCGAAUUGAAGGAGAUCUGACCCUGGGUGGCCUUUUCCCGGUCCAUGCCCGUGGGGUCUCCGGGGAACCGUGUGGAGAUAUCAAGAAGGAGAACGGGAUACACAGGUUGGAGGCGAUGCUUUAUGCGUUGGACCAAAUCAACAGUGACGACGAGCUUUUGCCCAACAUCACUUUAGGCGCUCGGGUUUUAGACACAUGUUCGCGAGACACGUACGCGCUGGAGCAGUCGCUUACUUUUGUGCAGGCUCUCAUCCAGAAAGACACGUCGGAUGUGAGGUGUACGAACGGAGAGCCCCCGGUGUUCGUCAAACCCGAAAAGGUGGUCGGAGUCAUAGGGGCUUCGGCGAGCUCAGUGUCCAUCAUGGUCGCAAAUAUUCUGCGACUGUUCCAGAUUCCGCAGAUCAGCUACGCCUCCACCGCUCCAGAGCUGAGCGAUGACCGUCGGUACGAUUUCUUCUCUCGCGUCGUACCUCCUGACUCCUUCCAGGCACAAGCAAUGGUGGAGAUAGUCAAGUCGAUGGGGUGGAACUACGUAUCUACGGUGGCCUCGGAGGGAAGCUAUGGCGAGAAAGGAGUCGAGGCCUUCAUGCAGAUUUCAAGAGGAGCCGGUGGAAUCUGCAUCGCUCAGUCGCUGAAGAUCCCUCAUGACCACAAACAGGGAGAUUUUGACAAGAUCAUCCGACAGCUCCUGGAGACGCGUCAUGCCCGCGCGGUCAUUAUUUUCGCAAACGACGAAGAUAUUCGGGGGAUCCUCAAUGCCAGUAAAAGUGCCGAUAAAGUGGGCCAUUUUCUGUGGAUUGGCUCAGACAGUUGGGGAGCGAAGAACAGCCCUAUUCAAGGGCUCGAGGACGCGGCCGUCGGCGCUAUUACCAUCCUGCCAAAAAGAGCCACUAUUGCUGGAUUUGAUGCCUACUUUACAUCACGCACACUGGAAAACAAUAGAAGGAACGUCUGGUUUGCUGAAUUCUGGGAGGAAAACUUCAACUGCAAGCUCAUGAGUUCUUCAAAAAGAGAAGACACAAGCAGAAAGUGCACAGGGCAAGAGCGAAUAGGGAUAGACUCCAAAUACGAGCAGGAAGGGAAGGUGCAGUUUGUGAUCGACGCGGUGUACGCCAUGGCUCACGCCCUGCACAAGAUGCAGAAGGAGUUUUGUCCGGACCAGUCAGGAAUUUGUGAGGAAAUGGAGCACGCAGGUGGAAAGAAACUCCUGAAGAGCAUCCGGUCGGUUAGCUUCAACGGGAGUGCAGGAACGAUGGUGGUGUUCAAUAACAAUGGAGACGCGCCGGGACGAUACGAUCUCUUCCAGUACCAGAUGAACAUCAACAACACUCCUGGAUAUAAAGUUAUUGGACAGUGGACAGAAAGUCUCCAGCUGAACAUGGAUGAGAUGCAGUGGCCCAACGGUGAGAUGGAGAUCCCCAGCUCGGUCUGCAGCCUUCCCUGUAAGACAGGUCAACGCAAGAAAAUGGUGAAGGGCAUGCCAUGCUGCUGGCACUGCGAACCCUGCGACGGCUACCAGUACCAGUACGACGAGACGUCCUGCAAGCUGUGUGCCUACAACAUGCGUCCUAACCCCAACCGUACCGCCUGCCAGCCAAUCCCAAUUGUCAAACUGGAGUGGCACUCACCAUGGGCUGUCAUUCCGGUCUUCCUGGCAAUGCUCGGCAUCAUCGCCACCAUCUUUGUAAUGGCUACGUUUAUUCGCUACAACGAUACGCCAAUCGUAAGAGCGUCUGGGAGGGAGCUCAGCUACGUUCUGCUAACCGGAAUUUUCCUGUGUUACAUCAUUACUUUUGUUAUGAUCGCUACGCCGGAUGUGGCCGUGUGCUCCUUCAGACGAAUCUUCCUUGGGUUGGGAAUGUGUAUCAGUUAUGCGGCUUUGCUUACCAAGACUAAUCGAAUUUAUCGGAUCUUCGAGGAAGGGAAGAAGUCAGUUACUCCACCGAAACUGAUUAGCCCGACGUCUCAGUUAGCGAUCACCUCCAGCCUGAUCUCCGUUCAGCUCUUAGGGGUGCUCAUAUGGUUCGGUGUGGAUCCUCCGAACACCAUAAUCGAUUAUGAUGAACAGAAAACCAUAAACCCGGAGAAGGCCAGAGGGGUUCUGAAGUGUGACAUUACGGACUUACAGAUCAUCUGUUCUCUAGGAUACAGCAUCUUGUUAAUGGUGACCUGUACAGUUUACGCCAUCAAGACGAGAGGCGUUCCGGAAAACUUCAAUGAAGCCAAACCCAUCGGCUUCACCAUGUACACCACCUGCAUCGUGUGGCUCGCAUUCAUUCCCAUUUUCUUUGGGACGGCACAGUCUGCAGAAAAGCUCUACAUCCAGACGACGACGCUGACGAUCUCCAUGAAUCUGAGUGCGUCUGUGGCUCUCGGGAUGCUCUACAUGCCCAAGGUCUACGUCAUCAUCUUCCACCCAGAGCUCAACGUGCAGAAACGCAAGCGCAGCUUCAAGGCAGUGGUGACGGCGGCCACCAUGUCCUCCAGGCUGUCCCAUAAACCCAGCGACCGGCCCAACGGAGAGGCCAAGACCGAGCUCUGCGAAAACCUGGAUCCCAACAGCUAAUUGUCAUAAUUUUCCCAGGUCCGGCCGCUAAGAAGAAAUACGUGAGCUACAAUGACCUUGUGAUCUGAGGGCCUCCAUCAUAGGAGGAAGGUGAUUGGUGAUGAUGAUGACGGAGCUUCCUGGUUUCUCUCGGUAAAGCUGGAAAAAAAAGGCUUUAGGUGUCCCUCUUUCUAUCUGUCUUUUGUCCAAGGGUCAGGACAGCGAUUGGGCCCAACGACAGAGGAUAUCAGUUGAUUUUCGACACCUUCACGAGAAUAAAAAGCCUAAAAAAUUUAAAUAAUUGACGUAUAAAAGAACUUCAACAGAAGGAAAUAUGUUUCGUUGUCGUUGUUUUUUUGUUUGUUUGUUUUUUUUCCCCCCAGUGAAGGCACAACACGACUGAUCCACAGUCAGUCAAUGAUUGAGGUUGCACUUGCGUGAUGGACCUUCAACGAGGCGUUUUCGUUCAUCGCAAACGUUUUAUUCAGGGCGCUGGAAUGCCGGGCCGAAAGGUCCUUCUCAUCUUUACAUGUACUUCCAAACUGCAAGUUUUUUCAGAUUUUCAGUGCCAGUUUGUGUGGUUCUUUCAGCUUUUCGGUUUGCCGUUGGGAUUUUUACGUUACGUUUACGUUACGUUUACGUUACGUUUGCGCUUUUUUUCUUGGAUGCACAUUGUAUUAAAGCCAUAUUCUUCUCUAUGAGAUCGCAUUCCUGAAAUACUUCACACUGUUUUUUAAGGAAGUCCAUUUAUUUCAUUUUUUUCGAAUCAGCGUCAUGUUUUUUCGGCAUCCCCAUCAGGUUUGUAGACCAUCGACUGUGUUUUGGUGACUUUGAGAGACGUUGCAUUGGUUUACAUUGACUCCAGCCCUGGUUACGAUGGUGUUUGCGAAUGUUUUAUUUUAUUUUCUUGGAAAAAAAGAAAGUGUUCACGUAGCAGUUGUCAAUGCAUGCUUGAUAUGUUCGAUGUUGAAGUAAAUGGAAAUUUUCACCACGGUUCUCUCACACUGGCCUGUUUACCGAGAAUUUCAUGAUUUUGCUCCCUUUUUUUCCCCCUUAAGCACUUCCUCAUGAAUUCACUCACUCAAGGCAGAAUAUGGCUUUAAUUUGUCUUGGAAUUUUUAAACUGCCCCUGGGAACUUCUGGAGAAAUUGUGCAAAAGAUAUGAAUAUAUAUUUAAAAAAAUAUAUGAAAAAAAUAAUAAAAAUAAAAAGCAUGUAUGUUUUCUACUGUUUGUACUAAGUAUAUUCAUGUUGCCCUUGCUGCUUAUGUGCUGAUAUUGUGGAAGAUUUUUAUGUUUGGCCACUCAUGCAACUAUACUGUGGUGUUGUCCAAGAAUGUACCAACAUGAAAUAAACCAUUUGGUUAUUUUUUGCUACUA